AUGACCCUCUCCGGUGGCGGCAGCGCCAGCGACAUGUCCGGCCAGACAGUGCUGACGGCCGAGGACGUGGACAUCGAUGUGGUGGGCGAGGGCGACGACGCGCUGGAAGAGAAAGACAGCGAUGGGGGCUGCGACAGUCCCGCGGGGCCGCCCGAGCUGCGCCUGGACGAGGCGGACGAGGUGACGCCGGUGGCACCCCACCACGGGCAGCCUCAGCCGCCGCACCAGCAGCCCCUGGCACUACCCAAAGAGGUGGCUGGAGCCGGGGCCGGGCCAGGGGGCGAGGCGGGAGCAUCCGAGGCCGACGGCUGCAAGAGCGGCGCUGGCGGCGAGGAGGGCGGCGGGAGCGGUGGCGGGCCCGGCUCCGGCAGCGGUGCUGCGGGCGGCCUGGCCCCGAGCAAGCCCAAGAACAGCCUGGUGAAGCCGCCCUAUUCGUACAUCGCGCUCAUCACCAUGGCUAUCCUGCAGAGCCCGCAGAAGAAGCUGACUCUGAGCGGCAUCUGCGAGUUCAUCAGCAACCGCUUCCCCUACUAUCGGGAGAAGUUCCCCGCCUGGCAGAACAGCAUCCGCCACAACCUCUCGCUCAACGACUGCUUCGUCAAGAUCCCCCGUGAACCGGGCAACCCGGGCAAGGGCAACUACUGGACCCUGGACCCUCAGUCCGAGGACAUGUUCGACAACGGCAGCUUCCUGCGGCGCCGGAAACGCUUCAAGCGCCACCAGCAGGAGCACCUGCGUGAGCAGACGGCGCUCAUGAUGCAGAGCUUCGGCGCCUACAGCCUGGCGGCGGCGGCCGGCGCCGCGGGGCCCUACGGCCGCCCCUACGGCCUGCACCCUGCGGCCGCGGCAGGCGCUUACUCGCACCCGGCGGCCGCGGCAGCUGCGGCGGCGGCCGCGGCGCUCCAGUACCCGUACGCGCUGCCGCCCGUGGCCCCCGUGCUGCCGCCCGCCGUGCCGCUGCUGCCCUCGGGUGAGCUGGGCCGCAAAGCGGCCGCCUUCGGCUCGCAACUCGGCCCAGGCCUGCAGUUGCAGCUCAACAGCUUGGGAGCCGCCGCGGCCGCCGCAGGCACGGCGGGCGCCGCGGGCACCACGGCGUCGCUCAUUAAGUCCGAGCCGAGCGCGCGACCGUCGUUCAGCAUCGAGAAUAUCAUCGGAGGGGGCCCCGCGACUCCCGGGGGCUCGGCCGCGGGCGCUGGGGGCGCCGGGGUAACUGGGGGCACCGCGGGUAGCGGAGGCGGUGGCGCCGCGCAGUCCUUCCUGCGGCCGCCCGGGACCGUGCAGUCGGCAGCGCUCAUGGCCACGCACCAGCCUCUUUCACUGAGUCGGACGACGGCGACCAUCGCCCCGAUUCUGAGCGUACCGCUCUCUGGACAGUUUCUGCAGCCUGCAGCCUCGGCUGCCGCUGCUGCCGCCGCCGCUGCUCAAGCCAAGUGGCCCGCUCAAUAG